GCCGACUGCGCGGCGCCGAUAUGCUAAUUAGAUCGUGCGCAUGCGUUAAUUGCACAUAUACCCUCCCCUCCACUCUCUCCAACUAAAUCGUUCACAUCCCGUGUAACCGGUCAGGAAGACGGCGGAUGCCUGUGUGUGUCGUGCAGCCUUUUGUCAACGACGUCCUUCCUUUUCAUAAGACGUAUCUUAUGCUGAAUCACAAUAGUGCCAUAGACGCGACACGAAUAAUAGAAUAUUUCAACCAGUCAUGUUCGACGCAUCUGAGACGAUGCGACAGGCUGUCUAAUUACGUAGAUGUUUUUCUUUUUCUCUUAUUUCCAUCGCGUCACUGAAAUGAGCGUCAGAAUUUUGUUUUCCAAUGCACAGAAACGAUUUUUCUGUACUUUUACGAAAUAAUAACUUUGGAAAGCAGUCGCCAAGAAAUAGUUCAUAAUAUUAUCAAGAAAGAUAUUGUAGCUUGGUACAACACUUGGCUAUGGUUAUUUUUGCAUAUAUGAAAUACGUUUAUCAAGAUAAUACUUAGUAUUUCUUACGAAAACUGGCGAAUUAUUUUAUAUUUUAAUCGAUGUUUCAUUCAACCAUGUUUUUAAGCAUGGCAAAGAUAGUCUCAUGUUCAACAAUUGGACUUUGUUGUACCGUAAAUACUGGAAAUCUAUUCAGGGAAAGGUUUACAAAUAACUUCUAACUAUUGGAGGUACCGACACAAUACAAAACAUUGGCAAGACUCCGAAACCAUUAUUACUGCGAAAAAUGUUUAAGUAGUGAUACAGUUGUCAUAAAAUGUACAUAUAUAUAUGUUCCAUUUACUAAAAAAAAUUGCAUUUUGGUGUCUAAACUACUGCAUUGGUAAUACUGUCAUUAUUAGAGAAUUUUUGAGUGGUUGUUUACUAAAUUCGUUUGCAAAAUCUUAAAAAUACGUUCAUGUACAAUAACUUUCUUAGAAUAAAUAUUUAAUUUUGAUUAAUUAAAUUUUUCUCAUUCAGAUACAUUAAACAUGCUUUUAAUUGCAAGAAACAUUAUGUAUCUACUGUAGUUGAGCGUUUUUGUUUGUCGCGUCCCUUUCUUACUGAUAUUGUUAUUGUGAUAGGAGCAUUUUUAAGUCGAGAACGGAGAAAUUAGCGGAUUCACUUUGCGACAGGUUAGAAGGCAAACACACGCGUGUGUUCGCCGCAUCUUCAACUGGCCCACAGCUCUUGCCGCGCUAGUAGCAAACCUGCCGCUAGACAAGUGUGGGAUAACUAUCACCCCGCUGGUCACGCCCCCACGUGCAGCAGCCAAUGAACAGCUGAGCUCGGCCCGAGUGUGCAGAGGACUGUGGAGUCUAUCCUGCAGGGCUUCGAACCCGCGAAUUUUGGAGUUUAAAUGGUUGUGGUUUUUUUUAUUUUUAAGUUAUACUUCUUUAAGCGCGUUAUGAAAAAAAAAUGUGAAUUUUUACGAUGGUCGAGCACCGUGCGUGCAACGAAAUUGUCACAUGAUAAAAAAAAGCUACAAACAAAAAAAAAUUAUAUAUAUAUGCUUCAAAAUCUUAUACUUUAGUGAAUGAUAUUGGAUACUGGUCCAUGGCUUUAAAACACAUAUAUAUUUAUUGUGAAUAUUAAUGUAUUUCAUGUUCAUUAAUUUAAGUGAGGUUAUUUUCCCGUAUUUAUAUUUUGUUUGCAUUAAAAUGAUAAAUAAUUACUUGUUUAGGUAAUAAAUAAUUGAAAUUAAUAAAUUAGAAUAAACAGUUAGCAUAUUGAUAUAUUUUCGCUAUUAAUUAAAAUUAUCUCGAUUAUUUGUAUAAUUAAAUAAUUAAGAUUAUACAUGUGUGUAUAUUAAUAUUGAAUACUGAGUAUUUAUUCCAUUUUUUUGAUGUGAUUAAUUUUAUAUUUUAUCAACUGUAUUUAUAAUAUCACUCCAGUCCUUUUUUAUUAUUAUAUUUCUAUUAAUUAUUUGCAUGCAAAAUUUAAGUUAGUUUUUUUAUUACGUCAAGUAAAUAUAACUUCUAACGCACAUACAUAAGUACACGCAACCUUUUUUAAAAAUUUAAUUAGCGAUGUAACUUAUAUGUUAUACUUAAGUCGUCAUUGUGACGUUUAGAUAAUUCUUUGCUGUUUUUGUUUGUUCGAGUAUGGUAAUGUGAAACACCACUGCAAAUUUAAAUGAUACAAAUAUGAAACUAAUAUAAAUUUAAAAAAAAUAAUAAUCUGAGUGAUCUUCAUAAAUAUUUUCUUUCGCUUCUUUUCGAGGAAUCCUUUAAUUCACAUAUUUUUGGCUGUAUUAAAUCUCGGUUUUUACUAUUGGAAUAACGAUGUAAUUUAUUUAAAAAAAUAGUGUUAUGGAUAUAUUUAAGUCUUAUGAGAAAAUGUACUCCACUCCUCCCCCCGUUUAUUUUCCCCUAAUCAAUCCCUUCGUAAUUCGAAUACGUAAUGACGAACCAGGGCUCAUGCUUUUAAUCAUCUGGGGACACACAUUGUGCAUAGUCUCACUGCCAACACGAGAAAGUGAAAAUGUUGUUAUAGCCUUGGCAGUUAUUUCGUAACCUGCUUCGGGAAACAAGUGACAGCAAGCCGGCUUCAUGAUUGAUUAUUUCCCCGAUCAACUCGCAACCUGCGUAACUCGUGUUAUAAAUUCUGUCAUAGGUUUCCUUCAAGCUUUCGCUGUGGAGACCGGCUUGUUGCGUCAUUUUGGCAACAGCGCGUACGACGUGAAUUGUAAUGCAGUGAUUCUUGUAGGAGGAGGGGUAGAGAGAUACAGUAUAGUCUGUUUUACGCUUAUAUUGCAGUAUAGAUAAGACACAGGAAAAAUUCGCGGAUUCAUUUCGUGAUAUUCUAAAAUUCAAAUAAUUAUACCGUUUCGCAGCUUCUGAUAUUGAUUCACUGUUAAUAUGUACGACUCUUGGCCUAUUAGAGACCAUCAAUCAAAGAAGUAUCCAAUCACAAGGUACCCACUUGAGACGCCCACAAAAUUCAGCACCCAAUAAACAGGCGCCGUUUGCCCAAGUAGGCAGAGGAUCGUGGGGUCUAUCUUGAAGGUUAUUGAACUUGCGAAUUUUCCCAGUCUCUAAGUCCAGAGUAAAUGGCGAACACUGUUGCCAGUUUGUGCUUCCCAGGUUUUUAAAUUCUUAUUUUGUAUACCAUCGUUAAUCAUAAAUUUUAAAAUAUAUUCUCAAUUUAUACUGUUUCUUUAUUUCUCUAAGACUAUAAAAUAGUGUCUACUGAACGUAUUAUAACAGUUAACAAAAACUGUUCAAACCAGUAUGGCGUCUUUCAGUUACAUCUCCUUUAGAAAUUUAAAAAAAAAGAAGGAAAAUAGAUGAUGCUAUUGAUGAAAUCACCAGGAUAAAGUAUUUCCACAAUUCUCAUAGCAAAUUUUACCUUACAAAAUAUAAUUUCUUGAUAAAUCAAAUAAAUUUUCAUUAUAUUACAAAGUUGUGUCUGAAACGUUUGUGUUCUAUGGCUGUAUCUGGCAACAGAGCACACCAAAAUAAGGACAGCGCUAAUAGCAUAAAUCGUGCAUUGGAAUGAGAAAGUAAAUGUCCAUUAAAAUUCACAGAAAGGAUGAGAUGCGCUGUAUUUGCGAUAAUUAUACAUUAUGAACACAACACUUGAAUCAUCGAAGCACCAUUUGUCGUUCUUGUUACCCGACAUUGUUUUAUGACCAAGUUUCAUUAUUAUUACACUCCUUUAUGCACAUGUAGGACUUUUUCAAUGAUAUUGAACAUUAAUAUCAGGUAAAAACAGCGUGUAAUUGAUUCUGAAACUUUACAGGAUCAAGGAAAAUGGGAGCGCAGAUUUAGUUCUAAUUUUUUUCUGUACAUUCGUAUCCAUUUUUAAAUCUGAGAUACCAGUAGUAAUGUAGUUUAAAUUUUGCGUCAUGAAUUUGACUGAUUACUAUCAAAUAGAAUUAAAUGCUGAGUUUAAAUUCACCACAACAAUAUGAAUGUUUAUUGAAUUGAUGAUACCGUCCUAGAACUUCAGAGUGAUGUAAUUCGGGAAGUCAUAAGUUUGAUCCGAGUCGGUUCUCUUGUUUGCAUUCUAAAAAAAGUGCCAUAAUGGUUUUAAAUUUCUGAUUGUUUACAACACAGGACUGUUUCCAAGCUCUUCCAGUUUAAUAAGAAAAUCUUGUCACGUAUUUCGGUAGGGUUAGUUCAGAAGACUUUUAUUUGGCUGUAAAGAAAUAUGAUGAAUAAUUUAUUCUCUGGUGUCAACAAUUAACACGAAGAACGCUAUGGAAUAGCCAUUUAAUUCCACGUCUCUGAGAUUGAUGAACCUUUGACCUUUUGAGCUUGUAGUUAACGUACUUAAUGAAGAAGCUUUCUGUAAUCGGUUGGCUUUAAUUUACGUUAAUCGUUGAUUAAAUGCGAGCCAUAAUCGGCAUAUAUUUAUCUUUUGGAGUGGCUUUUUUGUGCAGACACGGACCUAUUAUCGUUUUAUGUCGGGUGUUAUCAUUCCGAGCGCCCUAAUAAGAGCCGGCCCGUCAACUCGCCAAACAUGGCGGUGCAGCGUGGCAGUAUACACGUAGAAGAAAUCGUCGAUGUCGCCAUAUAAGCUGUUCGGUUGGGCAGACACGCUCGUUCUGACAGCUCGCCUGUCUGAAACCGUAGGGAAAGGGCUGGUAGUGUCGACAGCGGCUCUCCAUGAAGAAGUCUGGUCGGAAGGGCGAGAUCAGUGAGGUCGCCUCCCAGAAGCCGGAAGCCAAGCAGGGCGUAACCAGCAUCCAGCAGCUUGGCUACUCCAACUUCCAGAGGCAGGCCAACAACAACGUGAAGAGGUCAUCUGUGCGCAGUCUGCGGGAGGCUUUCGAGAACGCCAUCAAGGGAGAGCACCCGGCGCGAGAGAACGGCGUCGCAUCACCUCCCAGAGACAGCCCGCCGAGGACCGAGUCCAAGAGGUUGUCUCGUUUCGACCUGUCAAGGAUACCGGUGAAGAGCCGGAAACCUUCGGAUCACGAUUCCGGCUCCAAGGACAGUUCAGACGUCGAGUGCAAAGUCCAGACAAGUGCUCAGAAUGGAAAACCUUUCACAGUGGUGAGUAACGUUAGGAAUGGCAAGAAAGUUCAUGGUGUGGUCUGUGAUCCAGUAAAACCCAAAGCCAAAGCUGAUGUGGUGGCUAAGUGUAAAUCUGAAACAAGUGCGUUGUGUGAUGAAAUUGUGAUUGAAAAAAGUGACCGUGAAGACAAAAACAGUGCUACUAGUGUUUCCCAAUACCCCUUAUCUCUUGAAAGUAAAGCGGAACUAAUCUCGACUUCUUCUGCUGCUGUCCCUGCGUCUAGCAUCCCCGUGUUAACAAUCCGCGAACAGCGAGAAGUAGAAAUUCCCAAGUCUGCCAAGACCACGCAUAAUAGAUUGUCGGCUAGUCAGUUAGUAAUAGAAAGGUUACAGCAAAAUUUAUCAACUAAAUUAAGCCCGGAAACAAUAGAAACUUUGAAGAGAUCAUACUCUCCUGCUGUCGAAAGGAAGCUGAGGCCAUCGUCUCUUGAUUCUCCUAAAUCUCCUGAUUAUUUUGUAUAUCCAUUACCAAAAUCACACUUGAUAACUUCUGUAACAAGCAAGAAUUCUCAAAAUAAUAAAGCACAAGGUUUAGAAAGUUCGCAACCUUUGUCAACAAGAACCGACUUAGUUGGUAAUGCUGCAAAUUCUGUGACUAAAAAUAACGAAGAUCGUUUGAAUAAUAACUCGGUGCCAGUUCGUGAAGGAGAAAUAAAUAGAACGUGUUUAAAAGAUCGUGACGUUGUUGAGGACACAGUACUUCGGAAAUCUGAACACAAAGAAACUAUCACUGAUGAAGAUGGUGCAAAAGAUAAAUCCAUAAAGAAAAAAAGGGAACUAACUAAUGACUUACCGAAUGGAGUAUCGAAAAUUAAUUUUGUGAGUUCUCGCAAAAAUUCAGACACAAGGCCUCUUUCACACCCAGAACAUUUAUUGAGCAACUGCUAUAAAACUGCUAUCUCAGGGGGUUUAGAAUCUUCGUUCAACUCGGAAUCUUCUUCACUGGAAGAAUAUUUUUCCUCUCCUGAAUUGAGAAAUCCAAGGAGUCGUUGUUCAAGUGCUCUUACAGACUACAGCUUUUCCGAAGAGAAACAACCAAAGAGGGUUUCUUGGACUACAAGUUUGUUGCAGAAACUGUCGCAAGAUCGACCAGCAAAAAAAGUUAAAACUGUACGAAAACUGAGACGUGGUAAGUUGGUAAGGUUUCCUGAGGAAAAAACUUUAAGCGCCGAAGAACGUUUCAGGCUCAAGCAAGAGGCUCAUGCAAAAAAAUAUGCGGAACAUUUACCCGGAAUACCCAAACGAAUCGAUAAAAAAAUAGAAACGCAAUCAGUAGUUGAUGAAAACAGAAAUACCGAACCAGAAACGGCUCUAUUUGUAAAGCGUUCUGAUAUAGUGAAAGAUGAUGAUAAGGAUGCGUAUGCAUCAUUAAUAAGUAAACUAGCAGAAGAAAAAGACGAAAAAGAAGAGGAAAAAGAAUCUGCAGGGAGAAGUUUGUCAACCAGUACUUACGAUAACGAAGUUAGUGAAAAAUAUAUUUAUGCGGAUGAACACAUCGACUUUGACGAGAAAGAAAAACAACUUUUAGCGAGCUUAGCAAGUGAUUCUGAUUAUUCUGAUUUAUCUGAUCCCGAAAUUAUUCAUGCUUUUGUAGUCUCUGAAAAAUCUUACUUAGAAAAUCAGGAGCGAGCAAGGAAAACAGCGACACCUGACAACCUUCAGCCACCUUCAUUUAAAAAUAUAUCAGGUUUGAGUGAAGGAGAAAUAUCUGGAGAAAGAAAUCAUUCAGUGCCUGAGAUUGGUAUUUUGACACCAACUGGUGAUAACACUUCCAUAACGGAAGUAAACAGUAUCACUUGCGAAGAGAACCAAACCAACAUAACGGCGGCCACAAAGGAAACCCCGCAAGGUGGGAAGAGGAGCCAAGAGGAGAAAGAGAAGCCCAGUGGCUUUAGAAAAUUGUUUUUUCACAAUAUUUUUUCAAGUCCUAAAAGACACACCGCAGACGAUCGUAAAAUAUCAUCACAAGAAACAGUGCAACUUUUAAAAAAAGAAGAACAGCCUAAUUAUGCACAAAAACAGAUAAAAUCAAAGUAUAUUGGAGAUUCUAAAGUGCACCCAUCAACAAACAAACCAAUUUUGGAAACAGCUUUUUUGACCAACAUACCAAAGAAGGAAGUUCGAUCCCAAGCAUCGACACCAGAAAUAUAUGGCAUACAGAAACAGAGUAAUUCAUCACAAAUUCAAAAUGAUAACUCACAAAGAAACUUACACUUACGUUCACGAAGUUUAAGUCCAAAUAGUUCUAGGGGGCGCUUCUCUGCUGAGCCACAGUUAUCACCAAACAGAACCAUACCUGACACAUCACUAAUAAUAGAAGAACGAUUACAAAAAUUACGACAUGAAAACCAACCACCCAAGCGACCUUCUAGUACACCUUUAAAGCCUUCUAGACAAGAAGAAUUAUUCCACAGGAACAAUUCUAUGCCAUCUCGUAUGCAGCAACCUUCUUAUCCAAAGAAACGAACUGAUAGUCCUUCUACUCCUACAAAUGAGCUUCCAAAUAAUUACCAUGCAUACCAAAACUAUGCAAAUGCUAAUAAACCAUCUUCUCGUCAAUCUCAAGCUAAAAAGAGUGUUGAUGAAACUGAUGAAGGUGUUAGAUCUAGAAACAGCAUCAGUUCCUGUUCUUCAUCCUCAACUAUUGUCCCACAAGAAUCUCCAGUUCCAUGGAACUCGGCAUUGACAGAUUCGGAACAGCAUGUAUCUGCGGGCAGAAAAGGCCAGGAUAGAUCAAAAGCUGCUACACAGGUUGUUUUUAGCAGUCCUCAUUUUCGCCACUCAGUUCCUGCACCAGAAACUAAAUACAAAGAAAUUCGUAGAGGGCCUGUAGUGUACCAUCCCUCUGAACCUACAAAAUAUUCUGGAGUUCCUGUUACUAAUUUAAACGAGCCAUUUCGGGUUCAAAAUGUGUCAGUUUCUUCGGGUAGACUCUCAGCCCCACUUCACACCAGCCAUUACGCCAAGCCACGUAUUAUACCACCGGAAACUAACAACAGCCGUGCAACUUUAAAUAAAAAUGGGCAGUGUUCACAACCAAAUACUAAUGUUUACUCAAACAGUGGACUGUUAAUUCCUGCCUACAUGCAACCUAAACAUUUAUCACCUGAAUUGAAAUUAAAGGAGGAGUCACUCAGGUCUCGAAGUUUAUCUCCUCAUUACCAGAGACUACCAGGCGGAACAUAUGCGAACGUUCCUAGUCCUCUAGCUAGAGAUGUCAGUAAAACCUUGACCAAUAAAGAGAGAGAAGCAGUUUAUCAGCACUUGAGAGCGAGAAGUAUUUCCCCAUUAAGCUCAUACUCUCCAGAGUCUAGUGGAAGUAGUCCCGGCCAGCCAAAUUUUACUCAGAAGCUUUCCCGCCAAGAAGUAGAAGCUCUUUACUGGGAAGCUUGUCGCAGAAGAAGUACUUCCCAGCAAUUGUCGCCUGUUUCAGAUCCUAGACUACAGGGGCAGUAUACAUCUACAGGAUCAUUACCAGGUCAUGCUCAGCGUAAAGUUGAACAACCUGUAUUGAUAAUGAGGCAGCAAGAUUCGAUGGGCAGUUUAGGAGGUAGUGCUCAGUUGGCAAGACCACAGCCUAUCUACCAGAAUAGCACCAUGACCAACCAAAGCCCUGUGCUUGUUCAGCAACGUUCUGGCAGGUCUAGAAGUGUUUCGCCGGGGCCCAAUCUGCGAGGCCUAGCAGGCCGUAGCCUCAGUUUACCACGGCACGUGCCAUCUGCGCUGUCCGUCAUCCCACAAGCAGAACAGAACGUGGGCCAAGGUUACUUCGAGAGGGGCAGCACGCAGAGAAGCACCAUCGGCCCAAUCCACAUGCAUCGCCAGCAGUCAGCCGCGCGAUCAACUCCGACGAUUUAUGAAGAAGCCAACAAUUUCAGCAGCGUGGAGUUGCGGCACCCUGAGAAACUCGCGCAGGUGCAGGGUAGCGAGAGAGCCCCCUACCCGAGGUCCCAGAGUGCAAUGGACGUCGGUACGAUGAGUCGCGACCCGAACCGGAAGUCGGGCCAUGGGACCCAGCUUGGUAGCGAUCAGAACAAGACUUCGGAACCGUUCUACCACCCCAUAUUCAAGCGCGGCAGCCUGAUCAGCAACUCGACCUCCUCCGUGGACGGGGCACUGACGGAUUCCUCCACGUACGCCAUCGGACCGCCGCCUCCGCCAAAGCGCGUGAGCUUCACGAACCAGCAGCAGUCCCGGGAGAGGUCCUACUGGCCGACGCGGAACGGACUCGCCCCCGAACCCCCGACCCGGCAGAAGCGGAGUGCCAGGGCGGACAGCGACUCUGAGGUCUUCCUGCCCAACUCCCCCGUGAGUCCGAAGCAGCCUGGCGCUAACUACGACUUGUACGUGAACGUCAGCCCAUCGGGGCAACGGGGAGUCAAACCGGCCCCUCCUGUCCGCAACGUGCCUCUAGCUCUGCAAGCCCCUGACCGCCCCCUGCCCCCCAUACCACGCAACGGGGCGCCCCAGCCGCGGCGAGCCGCCGAGGCCGUCCGGCAGCAGCCCGGCGAGGUUCCGACGCCCGCCAACAGAUGGCAGCUGCAGUCCGAGUCGGAGUCUGGCAGCGAGGCGGGCGAGGUGCAGCGCAUCAUGCAGAGGGCUGCGCACCGCGGCGCGUAUUACGGAGAAGAAGAGUGGGGUGGAGAUGGGAAGACCCGAGGACAGCAGGGUAGCGAACAGUCUGGCGGGGGCGGCGGGCGGGAUGAGGAGGUGAGGCGGGGCGGCGGAGGGCGGUCGGGCCGCAGGGACGAGCCCCGCCGCCACACGCUGUCCGGAGACCACCACCAGCAGCACCAGGGAGGCCCGCUCGCCCGCAGCAUGGACCUGGAGAUGAGUUCCAAAUCACAGAGAAGAAAGUCGCCCCUGCCGCGCGGCUACCCGCCGCCCUCCUCCGCCAUGCUGUUCGACGACGACCCGGGCAUCAUGUCCGAGGUGGAGACCAGCUCGACGGGCUUCCGGCGCGGCGGCAAGCAGCGCAGCUCUCUGCCCGUCGUGCGCACGCCGUCCAAGACGCUGGAGCGCCCGCUCGGUAAGACCCCUCCUCCGGGGGCGGCGAGGUGCCUCGUCGGCCAGCACGCGGCGAGACAUAGCCACCACCUCAGUCAUCAUCUCAGUAACAGGCCUUCGCCACCAACUCCCGACGGCGGGCUGGUGUUCCUGCAGUACCGCAACGAAACAAAGCGAGCGUUGCUCCCCAACGAGAUCACAUCGAUAGACACCGUGAAGGCCCUGUUUGUGCGGUCGUUCCCAAAACAGCUGACCAUGGAGUACUUGGACUCCCCUCACGUCAAGAUCUACAUUCACGACUCUUCCAAGGACAUGUUCUAUGAGCUGGAGGAUCACAGGUCCCACCUCCGCGACAUCCGCGACCGCUCGGUGCUGCGGCUGUUCGAGGCGGCGGACGUGAACGGAGGGGUGCUGCCAGGGGCUGGGGUGGGGGUGAUGGCCCCCUCCAUGUGGGACCAGGACCAGUCCUACUUCAGCGAGCCCGAGUUCGACUCGGAGUACCAGCACCAGCACAUCCACAAGUCCAAGGCCAGCAGCAAGUCCAGCAGCAGUGGCGGCCCGCCCCAGCCCUACUACAUGACGCACUCGUACCCCCCGGGGGGUCCCGGGGCCCCGGCGACCCUCCCGCGAGGGGGCCCGCUGCUCAGGGCCUACUCCCCCGCCGUGGUGCCGCCCGUACCCGCCGAGAGGAUCAAGACUCUGCCCCAGACAGGUGAACAACCUCCCCCCAAACCCGUCCGAACUUACCAGCAGCACGGGUUGGCGAAGGGUUCGGGCCCUCCCGUCCCUGAUCGUCUUUAUGGUUCGUUCAUUUCCCCAACCAAUCGCAGGGAGGCCGUCCUCUACGCUGCGGCAGACCGCCUUCACGCUGAAAGCGGAUACAUGUCUUCUCCGGAGAGAGGCGGCUCGCGGGCGUACCCGGGUGCCUACGGGCCGGGGGCGCCGGGCUACGAGGACCCGUACUACAGCCAGUACGCCUCUCGUUCGGGCUCCAUCACGCCGGUCAUCGACGAGGAAGCGAGUGACACUGAGCUCAUUGAUGAGUCGUACAGUUUGUACGGCGUCAAGUUGCCCGCGGCACGCACCGUGGCGCCUCAGCCCAGAAGCCAGUUCCCAGCCCCUGCGGUCGUCCCGUAUGAUGCAACUCGGAUACGCGUGGAGCACAUGGAACGGCAGCUGGCGAACCUCACCGGGCUGGUGCAGAAGGCCCUGACGCAGACGCCUACUCCCCGGGAGUACCUGCAGGUCCCCGCGCCCAGCAGGGACGCCAACUUCCGGAACGCAUCCACGGAUGAGUAUGACAAACACUCUAGCUCCAGUUCCGCUUCCCUGCCAGAUGAUUCGUUUUUAAGGACUGACACGAAAACACCAAAAUUGGGAAAAGAUAAGUCGGUAUCUUUUGAAAAGUCGGUUUCAUUUUCCGACGAGCCUCCGGAUAUGAAUUCGCCUAAACAACACUCGCCUCAGCACGCAGAGCGAAUGGAGAGGGAAAGACACAAGCCGGCCCCGCCGCCCAAGCCCGUAUCUUUGUCGCCGGGGCAGUAUGAGGGCAGGCACGUGUAUCGAGACCUGCAGCUGACGCCGGAGAUGUACAACCAGCUGCGCGGGCUGCAGAAGAAGGCCAAGGACCUGCGCCAGGAGGUGCGAAACCUGCGACGCAUGUCGCAGGCACAGGCGCACACGGUUCGCGAGACCAUCCGCGACACCUUCAUCAAGAUCAGGGCUAUGCUUCUUUCGGGUGGCGAAGAAGCAUGGGCCUCGACGGGUGAUGCUGAAAAAAUACGCCUGAGUCGCGAUGAAGAUUCUUAUAAGCAAGAAAUGCUUCGGCUUGAGAAAGACCUGACGGAGCUGGAGAGCACCGUGGAGGAACUGCGGAGCAACGUGAUCAACAGGAAGACCCGCGUAAACAUGUCGGAUGUCGAGAACAUGGCACUCAUCUUGAGCAAGUCCAGCAAAACUGUGGCAGACCUGAAGGUUCGAUUUCCAAAUCUCUCUGAAGGGAUGAAGAGUAUGCUGUCGUCAGAGAUGGAGAAAGUUGUCAGGGAGGAAAAGUUCCUGAAGGAGGAGCCGGAGCGGCUGGAGAGCGCGCUGAGACGCUGCAAGAAGCUGACAGGCACGCUGGUCACGCUGAAGAGACUGGCGUCGGUGCAGGAGCAGCGACUGCCUCCGUCGGGCACCCCGGACUCCCGCCUGUCCCCCACGCUGGGGGCAGACUCCGACACCCCCAUCACCCCGCCGGCCCACGGCAAGCCCAGUGCCGUUUCAGCGGGCGGUGUCAUGGCGUCCGCCCUCGGAAGCGACGGCUCCCUCUCUCGGCAGCGUCCGGAGAACGCACUCGACGCUCUGCUAGACGAGCUGCAGACGUUCGCGCGGCCCCCCUCCAACCCCCCCGUGGCGGAGAUCGGGCGCAAGGGCAGCGUGGACUCGGCGCACCCCGGCCCGGCGGCCGGCGCCUGCCUGCGCCGGCUGCACUCGUACCCCAGCGGCGGCGACGGCGGCCCCUCCCCUCCCGCGGCGCCCCUGGCGCGCCUGCAGGUGUCCGGGGAGGGCGGAAAGCCGCCCGUCCCCGAGCGCAGCGCGGAGCUGCUGGCGGGGCGGCGCGUGCCCCCGCCGCCGCCCCCUCGCACCAGCUCCCGCUCCCCGCUGGCGUCGCCCACCGGCCCCUGCCUGCCGCCCCGCGCCCGGCCCCCGCGGGACUCGGACCCCCUGUCCGCCAGCAACAGCUCCAGCUGCGAGAGCGUCAACUCCCAGGAGGGCGCCAGGUCCCGCCAGCAGGCCCUGGAGCAGCGCCACCAGGAGCUGCUGCGCAAGCAGCGCGCGCUGCAGGAGCAGUACGCGCGGCUGCAGCAGCUGCAGCGCGGCUCGGCCGCCGUGCCCGACCUGCUGCUCAAGAAGACGGGCAGCGAGAGCAACCUGCUGGCCAGGAUGGGGCUGGGCCCGGGGCUGAGCGCCGCCGCGCCCAUGUCGGGCUCGCUCUCGUCCCUCGCGGUCACCGCCGCUCCCGCCGCCGCCGCCGCAACCACAACCACCACCACAACUGCCACCACCAGCAAGAUAUACGAGACCGAUAUCCUGUGACUAAUGCCCGUUGUGGCUGCGUGGCGAUGCUGUGCGGGUAACCAUUCUGCAACUCACAAGCUGCAAACUGUCAUUUGUGUGAGGAAAACAACUUUGGUGCGGCACGAGAAGGAAAAAUUUAUCGUGCGCGUCGUGAAGAUAAAAAUUAAUUUAACAGCAAUAUUGAAUGAGAAUGUGUGUAAAAAUUACAUGCUUUGGUGUUAUUUUACAAAAGAGGGGGGGGGCUAGCAUGCUUCUUCUCGUCUGUCUUAUACUGCUGUUUUUUUAGGUUGAAAUUACCGUCAAAAAUGUGUUUUGUAUUUUCGCAGUUCUUAAACUUAACGUCUUAAUCUAAUAUUUACCGGAGGCAGAUGAAACCAAACUAAAGUCAACUAUCAAUAUGCAGAUUUUAAGCAUGUUUUGUCUGCGGGAGUGAAAGCACUCCGUAUUUAAUGAUUAAUUUACGUGCGUUACUAAGGAGGCAAUAAAUGUACUUAUGUGAACAAAAAUUAGUAAAAUUUGUGCUGCACUGCUUGUUGUUGCUUUUAGUUGAAAUGGAUAUGGACUCCCGAAUUAGUGUUUGUGUCAGCAGCUUAUUUUUAAGUUAUUAUUUUAAUAGUUUGUGUAAAAUAUUCAGUCAGUAGUUUUGUUACCUUUUUGACAGAAAACAAAUGUAUAAAGUUUUCUGUAAAAAAUUUUGCAAUAUUUGUUUAUUUUCUUUUAGAAUGGUAAUUACAUGCUCCUGGAAAUGCCAUAUUGUUUAAGAACUGCUACUAUUCUACGUAAUGUACCAGGUAAAAAACCUAAUAAUUAAAGUUUGUGUUUGCAUUGCUGCAUCCUACCUAUAAUGUGCCAACAUUAAAAAAAAAUGAUAGUUGUGUAGUAGACAAAAGUGUGACUUUUUUUUUACCAAAGACAAAGUAACUAACGACACUAUGCAUCAUAAUAAUCAUCACUUGUUAUGGAAUUUUGCAUAUAUCUGUGUACUUUUUAUUAGUUGUAUCAAUUUAUACGAGAUUUCAUAUCGAUUUUCAAGGCUUUGGGAAGAAGACAUCGUAGACACCAACAUGAGAAUGUUAUAAUUUUGGUGUUGCCAUUUACUUCCAGUUUAACAUGGGCGAGAGGACAUAAUACAAAUUUUCAUCGACCGAUCAACAUGAUUACAUUACUAACAAAGUUCUACCUAAAAAAUAUAUUUGCUCAAUAUCAAUUACAUCAGUUCUUGUUGAUUGUUAGUAAACAGCAAGAGACUUUACAUGCAUUCUUAAUGUUAUGAGUGGUUGGAUGAAUUUAAAUGCACAUAUGAUGUCAGUAAACUGAAAAUCAUCAUUAACCUUAAAAAUUUCCCACAUGUUGUUCUCAUGGUAUAAUUUUAGCCCAAAUUUAGAUCAAUUUAGAUGUUUUACAAAAUAUGUUACCCAUAUGCUUAGCAAAAUAUCAUUAAAAUUGUAGUUUAUAUUACAUUUAUUUUUUAAUUAUUUUAAAAUUUUCUUUAUUUAAUCAUUGUGAAUUAACUAUCACACCAUUGCAAUGAUGAAUAAAUUUGUUGACUACAUGAUUAAAUGAAAAUGGCCUCAUUAUAAAGUGUUAUUGGUGUUCAGAUAUCUCACGUGCUCUGCAUUAUGAUGUAAACCUUGUGUAGAAGUUGUAUUUCUAUCAAGUUCCUUGUUGUUAAUUCUCGUGAAAGUUUAUUUUUAGCAUUUACAUUUAUUUAGUUGUUAGGCCAACUUAAGUAAGCAAUACAUACUUAAUAUUGCUGGAAAUAAUUUUUCAGUGCUUAGCUGUUUUUGACUUAAUUAUGUUAAACUAAAUGUUUGUUUAUCUCAAAAGUUCUGAGCACCAAAAUAAAUUUUAGACAUGUCAAUCAAGUCUCUACGUGUUUAAGGCUACGGAAACUACAGUAAUAAUAAUAAUAAUAAUAAUUUGUCAGUGCAUAUUAUAAUUACAUAUUGUUAUUUCUGGUUGACUGUAAAUGUUUGUAAUUAAGUAAAAACUUGCAGAAAAAUUGUGCUUAUUGUAUUGUGCCUUACCUGAUGUAUUAUGGACACAAAAGUAUGGAAUUGAGGCUUCUGUGAAGAAUUGAAAAAAAAUUUACCUAUCUAAAACAAAAAGAAUAACAUGUUACCAAGAUCUACUUUGAUUCUGGUGUUUUGUUGUAACAAUCAGUUACAGAUUUGACCAAGAAAAAGUCAAUAUAUAACUUUAGAUUCAAUUUCUGGUACUUUCUAUUCUAGAAAUGCAAUUUUAUACUUCAAAUUCAACUGCUAU